ACAGAGAGAAGAGGACGCGGACGACACCUGGCAACAAUACGUGUAACAAAAGGAAGUACGCACAGCAAAUGUUAGCGCGUUAAAUAGAGAGAGAUUAACCAAGAAAUACUUUAUUCACCCGUCUCCGUUUUCUCAUGAGAAAUAUUUCCACCGCGUUCACGAAGAGGAACAAAGAGAAGUUCGGUCUGAAUCCCCUCAAGUUGUUGAGCCCCUCUCAUGGGCCUUUGGGGCCCAGGAAGAGGAUGCAUCGUGGAAUGGAUAAGGAUUUCCAGAUAUCAGCAAGGAAGAUGGGCACAUCCUUGCUUUUCCAGCUGUCGGCUCAUGAAAGAGAGCUGGACUUAGUGUUCCUGGACCACAGCUAUGCCAAGCCGUGGAAUGCCCACCCAGAUGCCAGCAGUGCCCGGCCCACAAGGACACUGUUUGUCACCCCCCGUCGCCAACCCGAAGCCUUGUCAGAAUGUGAUUCUCUACUUGAUGUGGAAACAGUCAGACCAAAACCGACUCCUCUAUAUGACAACCACAAAGCUCUGAGUGUAAUGAAGGAGUGUGAGCGGCAUGUCCUGUUCGCUCGCACUGUUGCUGAGAGCCCUCCACCCCCCGAUGACUGGGAGGAACAUUUGAACAAGACUGGAUGGUCAGUGGCCCAGAACAAACUGUUCAAUAAAGUCCUGAAAGCUCUACACGCUGAACGACUCGCUCGUCUGGCCAAUGACAAUCUUUCCAAUGAGCCAAUUCUGCGGAGGAUAGCCGUGGAUAAGUGUGCCAGAAAGGUGCGGCAUUCGUUAGCCAGUGUAAACUGGGACACCAAACUGACGCAGUGGUUGCACACCACCAUGAUCGAGUCCUUAAGCCUUGCCAUGCUCGCUGCUUACCUGGAUGUGCUGCAGACUCUCAAAAGCAAGUUGCCGUUGCUGAUUGACAGGAUGUUGAUGCCUUCGGCAAAGACUGGAGCUCCCAGUGCAGAGGCUCUGUCACUGCUGCUGAAACGGCCGUGGGACCCUGCUGUUGGAGUUCUGUCUCAAAACAAACCGAGCAAGCUUCCUGGAUCCCCGCUCAUCCUAAUGGCACCAUCAAGCCCAACCUAUCCUGCCCUCUCUACCUCGCGACGGAUGCGAUUCUGGCAAUCACAGCUCUCCUGUUUAGGAAAGGUCAUACCAGUGAACACUCAUGUAAACAGUGGCGCAAAUAUUGGCAUCACCCAGUGUCUGGAGCACAUGUUGGGUACUGUCAGAGCCAAGGUCAUGGAGGUUCACAGUCACUUCCCCCACAAACCCAUUAUUCUGGUUGGCUGGAACGCGGGUGCUCUUAUCGCUUGUCACGUAUCCCUUAUGGAGUAUCUGACUGGCGUGGUGUGUCUUGGCUUCCCCCUGCUAACAGUCAAUGGGCCAAGAGGGGAUGUUGAUGAUCCACUGUUGGACAUGAAGACUCCAGUGUUGUUUGUGGUCGGCCAGAACGCAUUGCAGUGCAGUAACGAAGGUAUGGAGGAGUUCAGAGAGAAGCUGAGGGCAGACAACAGCAUGGUGGUGGUCGGAGGAGCUGACGACAACCUCAGAAUCAAUUCAGCAAAGAUGAGAACAGAGGGACUGACGCAGACCAUGGUGGAUCGCUGCAUUCAGGAUGAGAUUGCUGACUUCUUGUCAGGCGUCCUCACGAGGGCAGAGGGCCACGGUCAUGGCUCGGGAGAGAUGAGGGACCUGGACACAGAGAAGAAGAAAAGGCCUCGACGGGAGCUUCCCUUUGACAUGGAGAGAGGACGCCCCUCCUCCCCUGCGCUUAGACUUCCCAUCUCACCAUCAGGUUCAGAGGAUCUGUCUAGCGUGUGUAGCAGCCCCACCUCAAGUCCCAAACCAAAGACGUCAGGUCUGUCUCCAGCACAGAAGUCCAGUCUGAUUACAGCGACACAGCUCCUCAAGACACACAUGCAGCGCUCUGGCACAGUCCUCACUCACAAGCAGGCUCAAGUGCCAGUGACCAGUGAUCAGAUGGAGGGCCUUGACCGAGAUGAGCCGAGGUCCCAUGGCAAGAGGAGGCAGACGCCGAGCCCCACACCAAGCAAAGCAUCCAAGAGAGCGAAGAUCAAGGUGACCAUUGUUUCCCAAAGCGAGUCAGCAGGGGGCGCCACCAGUCAUGCUGCACAGGAAGCGAGUGUCUCUGGGAAGCCCUUAACAAUGACAGUGGGACAGACUGUGGCUGGAGCCAAGGAACUCUCAGGACUUCUCACAGGCCAGCGGUCUGGUAGUCUCUCAGAAGUGUCUGGUGCCCUGUCCCCAGGCUCCAGCUCAUUCAGCAGCGUGCAGCCUUGCAUGGUGUCAGGGUCGUCCACACCAGUCCAGGCGCAAGCUCCGGCUACUGCCCAAGCGCCUUCCGCCAGCAGUCUGCUUCAAGGCCUAAGUUUCAGUCUUCAGGAGAUCAUCACCAAAGUUCCUAGUCUGUCGUCCACAGCAGCCAACACAGGCAGCAGCCAGGUGGCUUGUGGGAAGCCCCAGGGUCAGGUCCUGAGCUCUGUCGGUACCAGCAGCAGCACUCUGCUCCGAGCGGUGCCUGUGGUCACCACAGGGGGAGUGGCUAAAACCACCGCCAUUCACCAGCUGCUCACCAAUGGUGGGCUUGCCAAACUUGCCAGCAGCUUGCCCGGCUUGGCACACAUCACCAAUCAGACCGCUGGUAUGUCUCGAACUGCCAAAACCCGACGGCCACGUUGAAUGCCCAGGGUUCAUUCAUCCUUUGUUUUGGAAACACUAGAUCAGGACGUCUGUAGGUCAGGGAGAAAUGUGGUGGUAAAAGUAGAGGACAGUUCUGUCGACCUGUGUGUGAAGAUAUGUUCCUUUAAGAGCCUGACUGCAGUUUGCUGAGUCAGAUGAACAGCCAUACAGCGUCUGAAUACAGACCAGCAACAUGCAACGUAUUGAGUUCAUGUUUAGAGCAUUAUGGUCAAUGUAAGGUCAGAUUUUCCAUCUUAUGUUUGGCACAUGUAGAAACUGAUGUAAAUGUAAAAUAUAAAUGUAUGAGACGAUUUGAUACAGAAGAAUUGUGAAUAAUUUCAAAUAAAUGUCGGUAAAGUUGACCAAACUGCUUUUGUUUGUUCAAGCUGUCAUUUCAUGUGUGUGUUUAUUUAGUUUGCCUCUUCAUGUUGUAACAUUUUGAAAACCCUUUCAUUUAAUCACCUGCUUAUAAUAUCCAUAAAUAAGACCUCUGACAGAGAAGUGUUGAAAGCAAUAACAGUAUAUUGCAUGACCCAAGAUCUGUUAUUGUUGUCACAAUAAAGACUGGAAUCAAACUCA